GGUCGCGGUUCCGGCAGCUCCCGGCGGCCGCGAGUGCACUCGGCCGGCGCUGCGCUGUGGGGAGGGCGGCUCUGCGAAGCCGCGAGUCCUCCCGCUGCGCUCCGGACCUAUCAUGGCUUUCGCCAAUUUCCGCCGCAUCUUGCGCUUAUCCACCUUUGAAAAGAGAAAAUCCCGGGAAUAUGAGCACGUCCGCCGGGACCUGGACCCCAACGACGUGUGGGAGAUCGUGGGCGAGCUAGGGGACGGCGCCUUCGGCAAAGUCUACAAGGCCAAAAACAAGGAGACUGGUGCCCUGGCAGCAGCCAAAGUCAUUGAGACCAAGAGCGAGGAGGAGCUGGAAGACUACAUCGUGGAGAUUGAGAUCCUGGCCACCUGCGACCACCCAUACAUUGUGAAGCUCCUGGGGGCCUAUUACUAUGACGGGAAGCUGUGGAUCAUGAUCGAGUUCUGCCCCGGGGGAGCUGUGGAUGCCAUCAUGCUGGAGCUGGAUCGAGGCCUCACGGAGCCUCAGAUUCAGGUCGUGUGCCGCCAGAUGCUGGAGGCUCUCAACUUCCUGCAUAGCAAGAAGAUCAUCCACCGAGACCUGAAAGCCGGCAACGUGCUUAUGACCCUCGAGGGGGACAUCAGGCUGGCUGACUUCGGGGUGUCUGCCAAGAAUCUGAAAACUCUGCAAAAGCGAGAUUCCUUCAUAGGAACGCCUUACUGGAUGGCCCCUGAGGUGGUGCUCUGUGAGACCAUGAAGGAUGCCCCCUAUGACUACAAGGCUGACAUCUGGUCCUUGGGCAUCACGCUGAUCGAGAUGGCGCAGAUCGAGCCUCCGCACCACGAGCUCAACCCCAUGCGGGUCCUGCUCAAGAUCGCCAAGUCGGACCCUCCCACGCUGCUCGCACCCUCCAAGUGGUCUGUGGAGUUCCAAGACUUUCUGAAGAAAGCGCUGGAUAAGAACCCAGACACCCGGCCCAGUGCUCUGCAGCUGCUGGAGCAUCCUUUUGUCAGUGGUGUCACCAGCAACAAGGCUCUUCGGGAGCUGGUGGCCGAGGCAAAGGCGGAGGUGAUGGAGGAGAUCGAGGAUGCCAGGGAUGAUGCCAGGGAAGAUGGAGAAGAGGAGGAAGCUGUAGAUGCCGCCUCUGCCCUGGUUAACCACACUCAGGACUCUGCCAAUGCAACUCAGCCAAGCCUCAACCCUGACAAGGUUCUCCAGGAUUCCUCUGCUCCUCUGUCUCCCAGCCAACCUCAGGAGCCUGUGAACGGGCCUGGUAGCCAACCCUCAGGAGACGGAUCCCUCCAAACCACCAUCCCCGCUGAGGUGGUCCCCAAGAAUGACAGUGACUUAAAGGUGCCUGUUUCCCUCCGGAAGUCCCGACCAUUGUCCAUGGAUGCCAGAAUUCAGGUGGCCGAGGAGAAGCAAGCCACUGAUGAGGUGGAGGGCCUCAGUCCUGCAAAUGGCAAGUCCCAGAAGGCAAACCACAGCCGACCUAACAGCAGCGCCCUGGAGACCUUGGGUGGGGAGACGAUAGCCAAUGGAGGCCCGGGACUCUCCAGCUCUGUAGCUCCAAGCCAUGCUAAGAGGGCUUCGGACUGUAGCAACCUGUCUACCUCAGAGAGUGUGGACUAUGGCACCUCCCUGUCUGCUGACCUGGCACUGAACAAAGAAACAGGCUCGUUGUCUCUCAAGGGCUCGAAACUGCACAAUAAGACCCUGAAGAGGACCCGCCGGUUUGUGGUGGAUGGUGUGGAGGUGAGCAUCACCACCUCCAAGAUCAUCAGCGAAGAUGAGAAGAAGGACGAGGAGAUGAGAUUUCUCAGGCGCCAGGAGCUCCGGGAGCUCCGGCUUCUGCAGAAAGAAGAACACCGGAACCAGACACAGCUGAGCAACAAGCACGAGCUGCAGCUGGAGCAAAUGCACAAACGCUUUGAGCAAGAAAUCAACGCCAAGAAGAAAUUCUAUGACAUGGAGCUGGAGAACCUGGAGCGGCAGCAGAAGCAGCAGGUGGAGAGGAUGGAGCAGGACCACAGCGUACGCCGCAGGGAGGAGGCCAAGCGGAUUCGCCUAGAGCAGGAUCGGGACUACGCCAAGUUCCAAGAGCAGCUCAAGCAGAUGAAGAAGGAGGUGAAGAACGAGGUUGAGAAACUGCCCAGGCAGCAGCGGAAGGAGAGCAUGAGGCAGAAGAUGGAAGAACACUCGCAGAAGAAGCAGCUGCUCGACCGGGAUUUUGUAGCCAAGCAGAAGGAGGACCUGGAGCUGGCCAUGAAGAAGCUCACCGCAGAGAACAGGCGCGAGAUCUGUGACAAGGAGCGCGAGUGCCUCAGCAAGAAGCAGGAGCUCCUCCGAGACCGGGAGGCAGCCCUGUGGGAGAUGGAGGAGCACCAGUUGCAGGAGCGGCAUCAGCUGGUGAAGCAGCAGCUCAAGGACCAGUACUUCCUGCAGCGGCACGAACUGCUUCGGAAGCAUGAGAAGGAGCGGGAACAGAUGCAGCGCUACAACCAGCGAAUGAUGGAGCAGCUGAAGAUCCGGCAGCAGCAGGAGAAGGCACGGCUACCCAAGAUCCAGAGGAGCGACGGCAAGACACGCAUGGCCAUGUACAAGAAGAGCUUGCACAUCAGUGGCGCGGGCAGUGCCUCCGAGCAGCGCGAGAAGAUCAAGCAGUUCUCCCAGCAGGAAGAGAAGAGGCAGAAGGCCGAGAGGCUCCAGCAGCAGCAGAAACAUGAAAACCAGAUGCGCGACAUGGUGGCACAGUGCGAGAGCAACAUGAGCGAGCUGCAGCAGCUGCAGAAUGAAAAGUGUCACCUGUUGGUAGAGCAUGAAACCCAGAAGCUGAAGGCCCUGGAUGAGAGCCAUAACCAGAGCCUGAAGGAAUGGCGGGACAAGCUUCGGCCCCGCAAAAAGGCCCUGGAAGAGGAUUUGAACCAGAAGAAGCGAGAACAGGAAAUGUUCUUCAAACUAAGUGAGGAGGCAGAGCCCAGACCCACCACACCCAACCGAGCCAGCAAGUUCUUCCCCUACAGCUCCGGGGACACUUCCUAACGCCCACAUCCCUGGGCUGUGGUGGGCAACGUGGCAGCCUGGCCCCUGGGGCCUCCAGGCCUCUACAAACAAGUGACUCAGGACCUCUUCCUCUUGCUUCUGUGCCAGCUCCAAACACCGCUCGGCCUGCAGUCCCCUAGUUGUCCUCAGCGCCACCUGGUGCUUCUGAUGGAUGACCUCAUCAAGACCAUCACCUGGAAGUGAUUUGGGCUGUUGGGGUCAAGGGCCAGGCGGGAUGAGUAUACCCCUCUUGUUUGCCAAAACACCAGCUCUACUACUGUCUGUGGGCAUAAGUCCUACUGAUGAUAUCACCUCGAACUCAUCCUUAUUGCAAUCCUUGUGGUCUUUUUUUUUCAGCAAUUCCCCACAGUGUCGGAAAACAUCCCUAACAGCUAUUUUAGUUCUCAGCAGCUAGCUCUCAGGGGUGUCCUCAUUCCCCUGCUUCACCCAGGCGCUGUGUGUGUGUGUGUGUGUGUGUGUGUGUGUGUGUGUGCACGCGCGCGUGUGGGGGAUUAGGAAUGGGAAAAUGGAGGGCAGAAAUGUUCAUUCUGCUGGUUUCUGGCAUUUAUCCUGUCUUACCCCUCCCUGUGUUCAUGCAUACACAUGUACACACACACACGCACCCACACCCACACAAACGCAUACACGACUUGCCCCCCGCCUCCACCACCCAGGCUGCCUCUGCCCUGACCUCCUAUGACCAGGUGGAUUGGAACCCGCUUGCUGCCUCCUGAGCCUGAGCCUGGACCACUGAGCAUGUCAGGCGGAGCAGCUGGUGGUGACAUGCUGAGCGCUGGCACCAGAGCCCAGAGAAGGCACAGGCUGUACCGCCAGCCUGCAACUCAUUUGGCUGCACAUAGGGUCCUGUGCCGAGGGGUAAGCUCCCCUCCGCACUUGACUUCUGCUGCCUGGCACAUGCCAAUCGCAUCCUUGCCCACUUGUCUUGCAGACACCCUGGGAAGGCUGUUGACCUUUGCCCUGGUCCUGUCCUGGGGUCCCACCAUAUGUUUCAACUAAGCCUGGUGGUCUCUUGGACUUCUGUCUUCAGGAAGAAAUGCUUCCUGCACUCAGGAACAUGCUGAGCUCAGGAACAUGUGAGCCUCCACAGCUCUGGGCCUUUGGGUUGCUCAGGUGGCCACCCAGGAUGCCAAGCCCCACAGGCUUCCCUGUGUAGCCCAGAAAAGCAGCAGUUCCACCCAGCAAGCCUUUCUUGACUCUGAUGCCUAAGUGCUCCAUCUUCCGGGGGUGGGGUGGGGUGGGGUGGGGUGGUGAUGGGGACUCAGGCAGUUGGGUCUGGCAAGUGGCUGAGACUUCAGCAGGAUUUCUCCAUCACUGCCCAAUGCUGGGGCGAUUCUCCGUAAAGUUUCCCCCGAUGCUAACUGGGGGUUUAGGAGGGAGUGGGCUGGGAAGGUAGGAAAACAGGUCUUAGCCCCCCCCCCAGAUGUUGUGUCAGUAAAGAAGCUCACAGAGCCCCAGGAAGGUGGUAGUUCUCAGGGUAGGGAGCAUCAGCUUGCCUUCAGGCCUCGCCUAAGCAGUCUCGAGGAACAGUUGACUCUUGCUGGUGCAUGAGGGCUGGGAAACAGGAACUGGCAGAGUGUACCUGUAGGACCCAGAGAUGGCAAGAGGGCAAGGCCACACCGGCAGAUGGCUGGGCAGGGCUGCGUCUGCCAUUGUUUACAAUCUCUGCUUUUUUGCAUCCAGGGGACUUGAUGGUGGCUAUUAGGCAAAAUGCCAGUUUUGUGGUUCAGGUAAAAAGUCUUUGGCCAUUCCCUGACUUAUCAUUCCUACUGUCCUGGUCCAUCGUGUGACUCUUGCUUCCAUGCUUAGUGCCACCUGAGCCGUGGUAGCUCGGCUGUGCCUUUUUGAGUGGGGUCUAGCCUAGUCUCCCAGCCUCAUACUUUAGCAUAUGUGCAAUGCCUGCUGCUGACAAGGCCCAUGCAGUAUUCCUCGUGCUCUGUGCUAACAUGUUCUGUGUAGGGACAGGCAGAAAUGGUUUUAGCAGAGCAAGUAUAACUAACUUAUAUUUCCCUUCAUGAAGGAUAGAAGUAGUGUGUAUGUCCUCUCCAACCAUCAUGUAUAAUUUUUGUAAACUGUUCUCUGCAAACAAAAAAUAAAUGUAAAUAUGCUUCUAAUAAAAUAACAAGGUAAUUUGCA